AUGCAAAACGAAUUACGGAACGGGAACUACCAAUCGAAACACAGCUGUCUGGCCGCUGGCCAGACAGCUGUGUUUCGAUUGGUAGUUCCAUUUUCUCGUGUGCGACAUUUCCUUCCCCCGCUCACUCAUUCUAUCAACUUACCCGUCACCGUAUCAGGCUCAGAACCCGCUGUAUUGUCGAAGACAAACUCUUCGGAGAACACAACGAAAAAGCGAAAGCGAGAGACCAUCCGAGAAUCUCCUUUUGCCAAGCUCACCAGAUUGGUAGCGAAGCGACUCCCUAAUAUUAUACAAUUUUGCGAGUCCAAAGCUUCACUUUCUGACAUCCUCCAAAACGAGCAAGAGCUACAGUUCGCAGAUAAAAGAGUUGAUCAUUUGAAACAAGUUGACGGCAAUAAAACACCAAGCGAAGAGCAGAAGCUUCUGAAAGGUCUCAGUCAAUUAUCUCUGGCUGAACAAUUCACUGCCUGGGAGAUUGAGAAUGGUUGGAAGUCUAGGGUGGACACCCUAUAUGACGAGAUCCGAGUUGCUAGGACCGAAGGCCAAAACGGAACUUGCCAGAUGUGCCGGAAAAAUGACUCGAUUCGUCAGGGAACAUGGAUAUCCUGA